UGCCUGAAUAUCCAACUAAAACAGAGCAGCCCACUGGUUUCGAGAGAUCGAAACUAUUAAUUUAUCAGAGGAAAAGCUGAGCAAGAAAGGAACGCCAACUAAUAUAUCUAACCAACGAUUCAACAGAGCCUCGCCUUUCUUGUCCCCUCUUCAGUUCUAUCGUCACUCUCUCUCUCUCUCUCUCUCUCCCUCCAGCUUUAGCUCGAUACGCAUCGGUUUGGCUGCAGAGGUCGUCGUUCUUGAAUCAGAUGGCCUCCGCAAUGCUCUCUUUUGCUUCGGCUCCGGCUUCACUGUCAGUGCACGAAAAUCUCAAGGGGAAAGCAAAGAUUGGAAGUGCCAAUUUCAGAAGUAGUGUGCCAGAGAGAAACCCAUUUGCCAAAACUAAGCAUUUUGGUCGGGUAUCUAUGAGUGUUGCUGUUAAUGUUUCUCGAUUCGAGGGCAUAACAAUGGCCCCUCCCGACCCUAUUCUUGGGGUGUCUGAAGCCUUUAAAGCAGACACGGAUGAAAGGAAGCUCAACCUUGGAGUCGGGGCAUAUCGGACGGAAGAAUUGCAGCCUUAUGUGCUUAAAGUUGUCAAGAACGCUGAGAAUCUCAUGCUGGAGAGAGGGGAAAACAAAGAGUAUCUGCCAAUUGAAGGUUUGGCCGCAUUUAAUAAAGCAACUGCAGAGUUAUUGUUUGGAGCAGACAACCCAGUGAUAAAGCAACAGAGAGUUGCAACCGUUCAAGGUCUUUCAGGCACUGGUUCCCUUAGGCUGGCUGCUGCUCUUAUUGAGAGGUACUUUCCUGGAGCAAAGGUGUUGAUAUCAUCUCCGACUUGGGGAAACCACAAGAAUAUUUUCAAUGAUGCUAGAGUUCCAUGGUCUGAAUACCGAUAUUACGACCCAAAGACAGUGGGCUUGGAUUUUGAAGGGAUGAUCGCUGACAUUAAGGAUGCGCCAGAAGGAUCUUUUAUCUUGCUCCAUGGCUGUGCUCACAACCCAACUGGCAUUGAUCCAACCCCUGAACAGUGGGAAAAGAUUGCCGAUGUCAUUCAAAAGAAGAAUCAUAUACCUUUCUUUGAUGUUGCUUACCAGGGAUUUGCAAGUGGAAGCCUUGACGCUGAUGCUGGAUCAGUGAGACUGUUUGCUUCUCGAGGCAUGGAGCUUCUGGUGGCUCAGUCUUACAGUAAGAAUCUGGGUCUUUACGCGGAGAGAAUUGGAGCAAUCAAUGUUGUCUGCUCAACUGCAGAUGCAGCAACAAGGGUGAAGAGCCAACUGAAGCGGCUUGCUCGGCCAAUGUAUUCUAAUCCUCCUGUCCAUGGGGCUAAGAUUGUCGCAAACAUUGUCAGUGAUCCAGCUCUAUUCAACGAAUGGAAGGCAGAAAUGGAAAUGAUGGCCGGAAGGAUCAAGAAUGUGAGACAAAAGCUAUAUGACAGCCUCUCUGCCAAGGACAAGAGCGGGAAGGAUUGGUCAUUCAUACUCAAGCAGAUUGGCAUGUUCUCAUUUACAGGCUUGAGCAAAACACAGAGCGAGAACAUGACAAACAAGUGGCAUGUGUACAUGACAAAGGAUGGAAGGAUCUCCUUGGCUGGACUAAAUUUGGCCAAGUGUGAGGAUCUUGCAGAUGCCAUCGUAGAUUCAUAUCACAAUGUCAGUUGAGUCUCGGAGAUGAGGAUGAGGUAAUUGUAUUAGGAACCUUCAAAAGUUUUGGCGAGUCCAAUAUUGUCAUGGAAUAUCGGCUUAGCAGAAAUUGGACAACAAUAAUUCAGCAAUAAUGUAUCUCCAGCAACGCUUCAAAAUAAUUGUACUCGAAGUUUCAACUCUUGAUGGGGAUUGAGCCCUUGGUUCUCUGAAAGAGGAAGUUCAAAGAAAAUUUUUGAGUUCUCAUGACAAGGUUUUU